CUUCGACCAUCCGAUGAGAGAACGAAGCGCAAAUUAGAAAGCGGCUUGAGUCACCGUGUGCAUGCUAAGGAAUCGAGAUGUCACAUCUUAUACGAAGCUGCAAACAAGAACUGACUUGUCUGCGAUUCCUGCGUUGGACCAUCCUGGUACCGCUCGUGAUUUAUAUUUUUCUGCUUUUUAUCAAAUACAAUAAAAACGUGCCUCUAAAGAGUCCGUCGAUCCCGAGCAAUGCGGAUAAAGAGAGCUCCGUUAUAGACAAUUUGUUCGUCGAGCUGGAAGCUGUGACAGUUGACAAGAAAGAUCUGAUAAGAUACGAAGACGUUGCCGGAAUUGACGAAAAUAUACGAAGAGUUGUGGAGGCGGAAAAUCGCGAGAAUCCGAGAAAUCUUCUAGAAGACAUUUUCCGGCGAGCCGAUACCGAUGAGAAUCAAUUGUUGGAUAUCCAAGAAUUGGCCAAAUGGAUUCACGUAAAGAUAACCGAGCACAUAACGUGGGCUAUGCGAGAAAACGUUGGCUUGUUCACCGCUAUCGACAACAAUCCUAGAAAUGGCGAAGUGUCGUGGGAAGAAUAUCACGCUUAUUUCCUGAGAUCGCAUGGUUUCUCCGAGGCUUACAUCAAUUCCCACGACAAGAAGCACAGCGAAAUGUCGCGGACGUUGAAGGAGAGCAUAAUGAGGGAUAGAGCGCGAUGGGCCGAAGCGGCCAGAAAUGAUCCCGACAGAUUGGCCCUAGACGAAUUCUUGGCUUUCACGCAUCCCGAGAGCAGCCACAGAGCUCUCCUGCAAAUGGUGGAGGAUCUUUUUGACAAAUUCGAUCGAGACGGUGACGAGCAAUUGACGGAAAACGAGUUCUCGGAUUUGCCGUCGGAAGGAGUCGGGCUGGAUUUACGCGAAGAUCGGCAGCAAUCGAUAGGAGGCAGCGAAGACAGGCGGAAGGAGUUUCGACAUUUGAUUGACAAGAACAAAAACGGGAAAGCAGAUCGAACCGAACUUCUGAUGUACAUCGAUCCGCGAAAUCCCAGACACGCUAUUCAAGAGGCGCAACAUUUGAUCACUCUGUCGGAUACGAAUUUGGACGGGAAGCUCGAUCUCUCGGAGAUCCUCAGUAAGAUGGACCUGUUUCUCGAGAGCAAAAUGGUCGACACCGAGAAGAGUUUUCACGACGAGUUCCGAUAGUUCGUCGCGAGAUGAAAAGCGUCUUCGGAAAUAAAUGUUCCCUUGUGUACGGCUCUAAAACUUUUCUUGCGCGACGCAGAUGGUUUUAAACGCUAAGAGAGAAGAUUUCUGGAGAACAGUUCCUUCGACUUUUGUACCGAAUAGACAAUAUGAUGAUUCUUUUUAUUGACGAUCGAUAAUCACAAUCAAAGACCAAUACAAUUAAUUAAUUAAUUUGCGCACACACAGAAAAAUGCAUACUGUAUCAAGUAUAUAAUAAGUUUAUAU